AAAGAAAUGUUUUUAUAUAAUAGUUAUUUAAAAUAUGCUUAUUAUUAGGGUUGAAUCUUUGUUACCCACUGGAACAAAUAAGAGGCUCUUUGGUAACCUGAUCAGAUCAGACGGUUUUUCUGUUCAUUUCGUUUUUAACAAACGAACAAUAAGAGGAAAACGUUUUACCGAGCAAAUCAAUCAAGUUGAUCUGAUCCUGGAUGAUUUUGGGCAGCAUGAAGUUGACAGCCACUAUUUACCAAUAGCCGUAGAUCCAGGAAGAAAAAGGGUUUUCAUUGCAUUUGCUGGUUCAAGUGGUAAUAUAAACGACUUCAGACAAUGUUCCAUCAAGGAAUAUUACCACUUGACAGGCUCUACAAGAUUCUCAGCAGAGCAACAGAAGAAAAAGAAAGCAUGCGGUAUUAAGACGAUUGAAACAAAUAUACCCACCAAUAAGACUGCCAAUGAAUCACUGUAUAUGGAGUAUGCCAUUUAUAUGCUCGAAAACAUUAGUCGUAUUUUCAGUUUUUACAAUCAAGAAACUGCAAAAGAAACCUUUUUCUUAUACCAGGGUCGCCAACGAGCGCCGGAGCAAAUGGUGAAAAUGUUGCUAGAUGGUACCAAGAAAUACAACAAGAAGUCAAGAGGAAACAAACGAAAAAGAGCAAAGAACAAAGGGAAGUGGAAAAAGAAGGGGAAUAAGUCUGGAAAGAAGGAUAAAGGAAAGAGAAAAAUGGCACUGAAAACAAUAAAAACAAGGUAAAAAGUUACUUGGGCAUGGCUACGAUAAUUUUUAUACUCAUAAGUUUAUGGUACUUGGAGAAAGCAAUUUCUUUCAGUACAA